GUGGAGCUCAGCCAUUCGCUCCCCGGACAUCGCAAGGCACUCCACUUCCCACUUCCUGUGCAUACCUCGUGCUGCACUGCUGUUUUCUUGUUCCUGGCACACGCCGCAUCUUGGAUUCUUGGUUGGACAGCACUUCGCUUGAUCUCGGUUCAGUUGGAUUGGUUUGGUUGCUUUCUCGGCGAUGGAGAGCUGCAGCCUGGUCGACUCGGCCGCCGCCACUCUGUGCUCGUCGACGGCGCGCGGGCGCCGCCGUGGCAGCGCCGGAAGCUGCGCCACCAGGUUCUUGAACAGCUCCAGCUCAUCCAAAGAGCAUGGGGUGAGCGCGUCCUACUCCAUCGGCAAGAUGCUGAGCGGGGUGAGGUCGGCGGCGCGGAGGAAGCUGUUCAGGAGCGAGCACGAGUGGCUGGGCGGGAGCUGGUCCGAGUUCACCAGCGGCGACGCCGGCAGCAGCCACUGGUGGACCACGCUGGAGAACAACUUCGUGCUGGAGGCCUCGGAGGACCAGUACGGCGGGGUCCUCGUCGACGCCGACCGGCUGCCGUCCGACCAGGCCGCCUUCGCCCGGUCACUCGCAGCGUCCCUCUCCUACUGGAAGUCCGUGGGAAAGAAAGGGGUGUGGCUCAAGUUGCCAGUGGAUCGGUCUGAAUUUGUUCCGAUUGCAGUGAAGGAAGGAUUCAAGUACCACCACGCAGAGGAGGCGUACCUGAUGCUGACAUACUGGAUCCCUGAGGAGCCAUCUCUGCUUCCGGCGAACGCUUCUCAUCAGGUUGGCGUUGGGGGCUUCGUGAUCAACGACCAAAUGGAGGUCCUAGUGGUGCAAGAGAAGUAUCACAGCCUAGGUCUGGAUGGUGUGUGGAAAAUCCCCACGGGGUUCAUUCAGGCGUCUGAAGAGAUUUAUACGGGAGCUAUCAGGGAGGUCAAGGAGGAAACUGGGGUUGACACUGAAUUUGUGGACGUAGUUGCUUUCAGGCACGCACACAACGUGGCGUUUCAGAAGUCCGACCUGUUCUUCAUGUGCAUGCUUCGACCCCUAUCCAACGCGAUCAAGAUCGACGAGACAGAGAUUCAGGCAGCAAAGUGGAUGCCGCUGGAGGAGCUGGUGAAGCAGCCGUUCAUCCAGGAGGACCACAUGUUCCAGAAGAUCAUGGACAUCUGCAUCCAGCGGCUCAGGAAGUGCUACUGCGGACUGACGGCGCACAACCUCGUCUCCAAGUUCGACGGCAGGGCGUCUACCCUGUACUACAACGUCGACGAACCCGAGGAUGUUAACUGUGAUGCCGCUUGACGGGUCGCCUAAUUUUUGUGCUCUGCGACCUCUAGCUUUAUUGGCAAUGGCAGGUGCAAAGUUGCGUCAAAGCAGCUUGAUUGGCCUCUGUAUAUAUCUGUAGGAAGUGAUAUUAAUUAGGUAAAG